ACAGUUACCAAAAACUGAGAUUCAGGGUCAGUAAAACUGAAAAUAAAAAAAAGUGAUUGACAUUUCAGAAUUGUUAGCGCUGAUAAAUUUCAUUAGAAAUCCUAUUUGAAUAUAAAAAAUCGUAUCUUAUAACUUAUUUACUUUUCAAGUUAUAAUUAUUUCUACAAACAAAAACACUAAAUAGGUGUAUAAAAUGAUUUCUAUGCAGUUAUAAUAGAUAAAUUGCUCAAUAUAAUUGGUAUUAGAAGAUUUUGGGGAUAAGUGUAUUUAAAAGUUUGAUAAAUGUGUGAGCGUUACCCAGGAUACCUGUUCGGGGGGACUCCGGUCAGCAGUUGGGAUAGAAGCUUUAAUUCACUAGAAAAUCAAAUCCAACAGCAAUAUAGAGGUCGAGUCGGCGGCGGUGUCCGGUGUUGGGGCAGCAUGUCUGAAGGAGGUGGUAUAUCCUCCGCUGGGGGUGACACGGCCAAGACAAACCUCAUCGUCAACUAUUUGCCACAGACGAUGACAGAGAAGGACCUAUACGCCAUGUUUAUGACCAUCGGACCGAUUGAAAGCUGUCGUGUCAUGAAGGAUUUUAAGACUGGUUAUAGUUACGGCUUUGGAUUUGUUAAUUUCACGAGAGAAGAGGACGCCGCGAGAGCAAUAGAUACGUUCAACGGUUACCAGCUCAGGAAUAAACGGUUAAAGGUUUCCUACGCUCGUCCUUCGGGUGAAGAUAUAAAAGACACAAAUCUAUACGUAACGAAUCUCCCUCGUGCUAUAACCGAGGAACAGUUGGAGACGAUAUUCGGCAAGUACGGAAGGAUAGUGCAGAAACAUAUUCUAAGGGACAAAAGUAAUGGCACGCCGCGAGGUGUCGCUUUUGUAAGGUUCGACAAGCGAGAAGAAGCCCAAGAAGCAAUAGCGGCACUAAACAACGUUAUACCAGAAGGUGGUACGGAACCACUGAGCGUCAAGACGGGAAGCGUGGGGACAGUGUACGGAGCGCGUCGGAGACUACUCAGUGACACUACGGUGGCGGAAGAGCACGGUAAACAAAAAGCUGCUUAUUAUGCUGGAUGGGCGGCGGGCUUUCAUCACAAUCGAGGUGAGGCCGUUAAAGGUGACUUUGCAUGGAGCUGCGGGAAUUGUAUGAUGCCGGAAUCGUGGGAUGGUUUCUCCACGCCACCUUUAUCGGGAAGCCACCCAAAUACACCCAGAAAUGGAUGCAGGCCAGGCGCAUGCGCGAACCAAAGGAUGGUGUAUCCCCAAAAUCACCCCGGAAAACCCGCUUCGAGAUCAGGUCGAGGUAGGAAUAUCCCAUGGGGUCAAGGAUUUGGUGGUGACGAGAGGUAUAAAGUACAGCGGUGUAGAAACGGCACUGCGCCAUAUUGGUAGGAUAUAUUGAAUACGUUUGUAUGUGUGCGAUAUGAUCUCAUGCUGUAAAUAGUCAUUUUGAGGAGAUCGAAGUGAUAAGAAGUGAUAUUUCUAAGUGCGUAUGAUAUUUAAUUUCCUUAAAUAACUGGAAGGAAAUUAUACAGACCUUGAAGGUCAAAAGGUCAGACAUUUAAGGCUAUAAACGUUUUUAUUAACGACUAUUGUUAACUGACAAACGAUGUAACGAUUGCGUGUGUACGAUUUUGAAUCGUAAUGCCUUACGCCCUAAGUCUAUAUUUUAAUUAAAAGACUAAAUAUAAUUUUGACACUCGCAUUAGUUAAAACAUUGAGGCUUAAAGGCUUGAAUAGAUGAGAGGGUUUCUAUAAAUUCGUACUGUCAUCUGAACGAUUGGGAACGACUGGUGACCUUGGAACACUGCGGUCUUGGUAUAAAUGCAAUUGAAUUAUUUCCUAAAAUUACUUAUACAAUAAUUAUUAUGAAUGUAGUAAAUAAAGUAACCUAACUAGUUUGCAAUGCCAGGGUUUAUAAGACCUUUGAACUUUGUUAAGACAUAGUAAAUAUUCUAAAAAUGAAUGAUUCUCGUGAAUCAGAAUUUUCAUUGUUCACUGUUGGACAUAUAGUCUGUUUCACAGGAGUAG